AUGGACAGGCUUCAGACUGACGAGCAGCGCAAAGUUCUCGAUGCCAUCACUGACUUACGAAAGUGCGGGCUCGAUAGCAUUCUUUCUCUCCCGGAUAUCGUUGUUUGUGGAGACCAAUCGGCCGGCAAAAGCUCUGUGCUCGAGGCAUUGACAGAGAUACCCUUUCCUAGGAACGACAACCUCUGUACGCGCUUUGCAACGGAGAUCAGUCUACGUCGGGCAGUCGCAGACAGCCUCACUGUCAAAGUGGUUCCGGACAGCGCCCGGCCGGAAAAGGACCAAAUCCGAAUCAAGGAGUUCUCUGAAUGCAUAACAGAUAUCAGCGAUCUGCCCAUCGUCAUAGAUGCUGCAACACGUGUCAUGGAUAUCACCACGGACAGGGACGAUAAUGCGCAGGCUGCAGAUGCAAGGAAGAGUGCCUUUUCCAAGGACACAUUGAGCAUCGAAAUUAGUGGUCCUUCACGACCCCAACUCACUGUGAUCGACAUUCCCGGACUCAUCCAGUCUUCGACGAGAGGGGUAUCCGAAGAAGAUGUUGUAACGGUAACAGAAAUCACAGAUCGCUACAUUAAGCAACCUCGGACGAUUUGCUUGGCCGUCAUUUCCGCGACCAAUGACGCAGCCAAUCAGUCUAUCCUCCGACGAGUGCGAAACUUUGAUCCGGCAGGGAAGCGAACACUUGGCGUCAUCACCAAACCUGACCAGCUGCCUGCCGGAUCUGGCACCGAGUCCAAGUUCCUUGAGCUUGCCCAGAACAAGGACGUGUUCUUCAGUUUGGGCUGGCACGUCAUUCGAAACCGUCGGUUUGACGAGAAAAACUUCACUUUCCACGAGCGGAACACUGCGGAAGCUCACUUCUUCCAAGCGUCAAACUUCAACGUUCUCCCCUCAGAUAUGGUCGGCAUCGCGGCGCUACGAGAGCGGUUGAGUCUGCUUUUGUUCCAGCACGUCAGGGCCGAACUUCCGCAACUCAAUGCGGAACUCGAGAGAGCACUCGCAAAGGAUCUUGGUCAGCUGAAGACGUUAGGAGACUCGCGACAAACACCUUCAGCAUGCCGCAUCUAUUUGACACAGUUCAGCAUCGAGUGUCAGGAAAUCUGCAAAUCAGCCAUCAACGGCAACUAUGAGCACGACUACUUCAAGACUAGUGACGACGACAUUGAUGAAGAGUUCUCGUUGGAAGAUGAAACGACAAUCGCCAGACUGCGGGCCGUGAUCCAGCACAUCAAUCAUAAUUUCAGCCAAACAAUCCGCAAGAAGGGUUACAAGUACCAUCUUGAAGCGCCAGGGGAGGGGGCAAAGCAGGUAGACAGUAUGAGCUUGGGGGAAUUCCUCUCCAAGUCGAACUCACCAAAGCGGCUUUCCAGGACGGAAUCGGUAGCUUGGGUGAAAAAAUUGCUUCAGCGUUCCAGGGGUCGAGAAUUGAUGGGCAAUGUCAAUCCGUAUCUCAUCGGUGAGCUGUUCUGGGACCAGUGCAGACCCUGGGAGCACUUGGCAAAGGAUCACGUCCACAGCAUCAGUCAACUCUGUGAGAAGUUUUGGGCGAAUCUCUUGAAACAUAGAGCUCCGCAGGAUAUCAGAAGUCGCAUAUGGGCGAGGAUGGUGCACAAACAGCUUCAACUGCGAAAGUCGGCAGCCUCGCAAGAGCUAGGGAAGCUUCUUGAAGAUCUCAGGGGCUUUCCUAUCAAUUAUAACCACUACUACACUGACAUGAUCCAGCGUCGGCGGCAAGAGAGGCUUGAAAAGAACUUGGGAGUCUUCAUGCCAGCCGCGUUUCCGCAUCAGUCAUAUGAGAAAUGCAGCCGUGGCUCUCACUACGAGAAGUAUGUCCCCGAGCUCGACAUGAACCGAGUCGUCCAAGCUGUGAUGAAGAGCAACGCUACUACCAUUGACAUGGACACAUUCAGCAUCGAAGAGGCACUUGACUGCAUGCGAGCGAUCUACAAGGUGCAGUACAAGACCUUUGUUGCCAAUGUGACAACCCAGGUGAUUGAGAGGCAUCUGGUGAGGGGCCUCGAGAACAUUGUUUCGCCGCUUGUGGUUGUGAAGAUGUCGGACAGUGAGGUGGAGGCUAUAGCCUUGGAGCAGACGACAACCAAGCAGCAGAGGAUCAUGCUGGUGAGCCGGGUCCGAAUAUUGGAGGAAGGCCGUGCGAUCUUCCAGGAAUUGAUUGGGUCUUAG